AUGGCUGCGAACGAAGAGCCCAAGGAGGGCUCCAAGGAGUCGUCCUUUGUCCAUCUGAGCGACGCCCCGACUACCCUGCAAAUGAAAGAUGGCAAGGCCGGAGACAAAACAGGCAGCGAAACAAAACAGAACGGAAACAAGACUUCGGCGCAGAAGAAGAGUUCUAAGAAGAACAACAACAAGAAGAAGCAGUCAGAGGACCAGCCCGCCUCCAAAGUCCAAGACGGCCUCAGCUUUGCUGAAGCGCUUAAGGAAGACGACAAUGAGCCAAAGACCAAGGACGAGAAGACAUCAGACUCUCAAGUGGAACCACAAAGUGUAAAUAAGUCUCCAGAGGAAAAGCCCGAGGAGAAAAUCAACGGUCAGCAGACGCAGCAAACUGCCGGCCACAUAACGUCCACCUCCAACGGCAACGGGAUAAAAAAGCAACAACGGCGGGAUGUGAGCGAAGACCGCAGCGACGACUCCUACCCGGAGCUGGACGAGAUGACCAUCAACGAGAUCCACACACACCAGCCACCACGUCAACAUGAGCCUUAUGCAAAGAUUAGGUGGGCACCUUUCAAUGUCCCAGCCGAGCGCCGCCUGCAGACACUGGCUGUCCUUAUGCACUGCCUUUGCAUAGGUGCAUUCGUGUCGGUCUUUUUCGCCCUAUGCGCAAAUCCUUUUGCAUGGCCUCUUCUGUUGGUUUAUCUGAUGCACCUCUUGACGUCGACUGCAGCGACCGACGGCUCAUUGAGAUAUCGAUCUGAAUGGUUCCGCAGCAGCUAUAUUUGGGACCUCUUUGCGGGAUACUUCCCGGCUCGACUCCACAAGACUCACGAUCUGCCGCCAACCAGAAAGUAUAUCUUCGGCUAUCACCCGCACGGGAUCAUAUCUCAUGGCGCGUGGGCCGCGUUUGCCACGGAAGCGCUUGGCUUUGCCGAAAAAUUUCCCGGCAUCACCAACAGCUUGCUCACACUGGACAGCAACUUUCGCAUCCCCUUCUACCGCGACUACGUCCUCUCCAUGGGUGUUCGGUCAGUGUCAAAGGACUCGAUUGUCAACAUUCUGACCCGGGGAGGUAAGAACAACGAGGGUAUGGGCCGCGCUGUGACCAUUGUCAUUGGCGGUGCUCGUGAGUCCCUGGAGGCACAGCCAGGCCAGAUGCGUCUGAUUCUCAAGGAACGCAAGGGCUUUAUCAAGCUCGCAGUUCGCACAGGUGCCGACCUGGUUCCCGUUUUAGCUUUUGGUGAGAACGAGAUUUAUGACCAGCUGCGACCCAAGGAACACCCUCUGGUACACAAGAUUCAAAUGUUUGUGUUGAAGGUGUGGAAGUUUACAUUGCCAUUCUUGCAUGGCCGAGGCAUCUUCAACUACGAUGUCGGGCUCAUGCCAUACCGCCAUCCCCUCAACAUUGUGGUUGGUGCGCCCAUCAAGGUACAGCAGUAUAAGCGUAUUGAUGACCAAGAGAUUGAUCGUCUACAUGAGCUAUACGUGGAGGAGCUUAUGAAGCUGUGGAACAGAUAUAAGGAUGAGUUCCUGCCGGACAGGAAAGAGGAGUUGGAGAUUCUGUAA